AUGAAUCCGCCUCCUCACUAUGAUUGCCAUGGUGGCGAUGGCACUUGCCGACCCCCAGAGUACACACCGGCAGUGCAUCACGUGUCUUUGAACUUCAUGUACCAGGAGAAAACCAGGGGCAAGAGGAAACUUGCCUCUUAUGAACCCGUCAUUUUUGAGAUAAAUUCCACACAGUUGAAUAUUUAUGACAUUCACCCUUUGUACAGAAAAUAUGCCAGCUUUUACUUAGAUAAGCUUCGUCCUGAAUACAUCGAUCCAGAACUAAACAUCAAAGUGGAGCCCUUGGGAUCUGAUGCGGGGGAGAUGUGCUCUCGGGGAAACGGGCGCGUCGACUCUUCAGGUGCGAGACAGUUCUUUCGAAGACUAUCCGCUUGCAGAAAGGAAAAGCCCGUGGUUCUUUCUGAUGCUCAACUGGCAUCCAAAAAUUGCCAUAGAAUACACCAGUUGUUACUGCAUCGCCCUGAUUUUGGUAAGCUGACCUUAGUGGAUAAAGGUGAGACGGACAAGACACUGCAACUUGUUAAAAGAGCAAGGCUGUUUACCUUCUCUCUGCAGGAACUGAUAGACUUUGGCAAUGCAGCAGAUUACCCACACAAACCGUUCACUCUUCGUCUUCUGUUUCCACAGGACCAGUUCCUCCUAACCUCAUACAAUUCUGCAACAUUUGUGGGCAUAUACUACAAGCUCAACAUUGCCAGAGAGCUAUCGCUUGAUCUUGAUAUGCGUGCUGAAAUGCCUAUCGACCACUCUGUGCCUCAUAGAAGGUCAUCAGGCAGAGCAAGUCGGUCCAGCAGCGUUGCAACCAAUGAGUCUUCGGUCGCUAGCGUUGACAGCUACGAUGAGGACAAAGAAUCUUUUUUUUCCGAGCCCCUUGUCCUCGAAGCUACAAAUGUGUCGGAGACCUUUUCUGAAAAAGGUUCUGUCGCUCUAAAGCAGCCAACCAAUAGUGCCAGGAAAGAUGUCGAGCGGUACAAAGAGUUAGUGUACACAAUUAGAUGCAUCAAAAUAUUCAAGAGUUCAAAUUAG